AUGGUGAAUGCCAAAUAUGUCGCCUUUACCGUCAACAAGCAGACUCCCUUCUUGCAGACGCCAGACCAGGCCUAUGCCACCGUAAUCAACUGCCGGCGGCCAGGCGGGAAGCGCGCGGGGCUGGCGCACGAGGUGCGAUCCCACAAUGUGCCGCUGGCCAUGGUCGAAGGCAGUUUGAAGCGCAAGCGGGGCGAUGAGUCCAGGAAGGACUCUGAGCAGGCGGGCAACCCGGCCGCCUCUUUCGGAAACGAUGCGACUCCACUCACUGCGGCACCGGCCCGUCCACUGCUUAACCAGCAGUGGCAGCAGCGCAAGCCGACGAGGUUACGAAGGGGCAAGAUCCUGUCCAAAGGCGUCGAUCUGGACUGCUGGUUCAUCAUACUGUCCUACUCGGACCCUGCGCAGCUGCUCGAGAUGCGUAGCAAGAUUGCCUCAUGCUACCGGUUUUUGCGGGAUAACCCCAUGCUCUGGAAGCAUAGCAGGGUUUACUAUUACGGAACCGACAUGCCGGACCCACCUCCAGGUCUCACCGAGUUCCAGUUCGCCCACUUGCGCCAUGGGCAUGGCUGUAUGGACUGCGGCGCCCCAAACACUCGCAAGACCUUCUGGGCCUUCCUGCGCCGCAUGUGCAAAGACUGUCUCAACACCCAAGUCAUCAGGGAAUACGAUGCUGUUGCCCAGCUGAGAGGUCCAAACGGCGAAGACGUAUCCUAUAUCCGCGCUGCCUUGCCCAGUGGCAUCUUCGAUUCAUGGGGUAACUUUGUCGGCGUGGGACCAGCGAGUACGCAUGCGCUGAAGACCAUCUACUUGCGGUCAGACGUGCAGAAGCUCGUUGCCGAGUUCCACAAGGAGUCCAGAGAGAGGGACCCCAACACAGAAGAGACGGCUACAUGGUGGACUGAAUGGCUUGCUGACAAGGCCAAGAAGGUAGAAGAGCGCCAGAUGUUUGCAAAGAAGAUGGAGCAGUGGGAAGAGAUGCAACGCACGGCUAGAACUUCUGACUACACUGCAAAGAAGUUACGGCGCAAGAACUUCUUCAAGGAAAAGGCGUCCCAACUCGAUCCACCCAUCAGUAUCAAAGAGCUAGAAGCGUGUCCGGCAUACAAGCGUGCCAUUACCAUCCCCAAAGACCCCAACAGCACCUCCUGGGAUCUUCUCAAGCCCAAGAUCGUAAAGGAAGCCGCCGAAAAUGCGGCCAAGAGAAACAUGGAAGAAUCGCGGCCGGCAACGGCAUCGACGUCCGGCAUCUCUACGCCUACCGGCAGCCUGGAUGGUUACCCGCACACGCAGCCGUAUCUCGGCAUGAUCAUGGGUAUGCCUCCGCACAAUGGCAUGUACUGA